AUGGAUUUGUACAGUUAUCCUUGGCCGGAAAAUGGGAGGUUGGAACAAAUACUUAAUCAGUUUUUCUCGAAAAGCCUGCACAUGAUAUUGGAUUCGAGGGUGCCUGCCAUCCGGCCGUCUGGUCGCUAUGGGGAAGUAAAAAAGAGUGAUAAAUGGUUCAAUUUGGUAUUAGGAGAUCGUCCUUCAGCCAUGGAAAACUUGAGUUUUUGGAAUCGAAGUUUCAUGGAACCCAUGGUUAUUGAUAUUAUACUCGUUCAAGAAUUGCCAAAGUCUUCACCGGAGCAUAAUUCAAGUAUUUCUAUAGGCUCAGACAUGGUAAAAGAGACGGCCAUAGAGAGGUGGGUUGUUCAGCACGAGCAUCAAAAGGCAGUAGCUUAUCCAAUUAGUGAAGCUUCUUACAAGAAGACAUACAAGAAAUCAAUAUUACUCUUAUGCUCCGUUUAUUCAAUGUUGAGACUCCUUCCAGCAUAUAAGGCUUUUCGUAGACGAGGUUCGAGUCAGAAUUGUGAUUUUGAUAUCAAUUACAAGGUCUGCACAUAUGCUGUUCCAUUUCCAAGGGAGGAGGACAAGCUGAUGAAGAGACAUAAUUUCAUUCCCAUUGACACCCAACAAGGCACCCUUUCUAUAUCUUUGAUGUAUCGUCAAAAUCUGUCUGAUUUCAACCUGGAUGCUUUUUUAUCUUUUCCCUCAGAGAUCAUUACAGAUUAUGUUGGGAGCCCACUUACCGAGCCUAUCAGACCAUUCCCUGCUACUUUAUCUGAGAAGGAUUUUUGUGCUACAUCCUUCCCCGUGAGAGGGAGUCAACCGACUUCAUCCGCAUUUCAACGUCGACAUAGCUGGACAAGUGGGAUCCAUGGGGACGCUUCUUCACAAAAGAAUCAACCAUCUAGUGAAUCUCCACCUCUAUACUGGUCACCAUACGAGUUUUCGUCAUCACUUACUGACGUAUACGGUAAUAGGAUUCAAAACCAAAGAUCACCCACUUAUGAGAAAGCAGAACUAGAUGAUUUACUUUCUCCUCCUUUUUCACCUUCGCCUUCUCCUUCUCCUUCUCCUUCCCCAUCUCCUCCUACAUACCUUUCCAGUGGGAACCCUGUGCAUAGUCGUAUGCAUUCAGAAACUUCUCCCAUGAGUAUUCCAUACCCGAUGAUGGGAAAAAAUCCAAGAUAUCUUUCUCCUAAUCUUUCAGACCCAAACAGGCAUCCUCUUCCGCCUCUAUCUCCUAGGAGCAUAAAAAAUGACCCUUCAUCCCAGGAGUCCUCAUCUGGAAUUAGGUCAAUGAGGAAAUCAGAUUCACUGAAGGCUGGAGAGCCUAGUCCUUUGCUAACAAACCUCGGUCCACGAGUGUCAAGAGAUAGCAAAGAGGAUUCUGGACGGUUCUCAGGUCCUUCGUCAAGUAGUUCUCCACGUGUUGGAUUCUCGAGAAGCUCCAGCAGAUUUUCUUUCCAGGAUGAAUUUGGCGAUGGUGAAUUUACCUAUCCAUUUAUUGUUGAUGAUGUCGACCCUCCUUUUUUCCAAGCCAGCCUGAAUUUCGAUGGAAAAAAAAAGUCAGAAGAUUCGUCCCAAGCAUCCUUUACUGCCAAAAGUUCUCAAGAUGCAGCUGUUGGGGUCCUUGUUCACAUGCUAAGAACAGCUCCUCCUCUGAGCUCAAAUUCUAGUUGUUAUAUCGGUCAAUCCUCUAAGCCAGAAGUCGUGAGAGAAAUUGGAGUAGCUUCUGAAUUUUUCAAGCCUCGAAAUACAACUGAUGCACUCGAGGAACUCAAGGCUUACAAAGAAAUGAAAGAUCUUAUUCUUUCCAAUGGUGAAGCUCGGAUUUCUGUCAAAGAAAAAGAUUAG